GUUUCCUGGUGGGGGACAGAUAACAGAUAACGUCAUAUUUAAUGUUGUUAGCAUGGAGUAAAAAGUGUGGCUCUAGAAUCAGAGAAGGGACAUGCAUGGUGUGCAGUUCAUGGAUAGUUCUGGAUUGGGGAGUCAAGAGACUCUGUUCAAAUCCUGCCUCAGAUAUUUGCUGUGAGACCACGAGCAAGUCUUUGAAUCUCCCCAUGCCUCAUUUUCCUUCUGCAUAAACUCUCCCUGCAUGUUCAUGGUCUCCCUGGAUCCUGGCUGGCUGGCCCACAGGCAUGUCGGGAGAUAGGAAAGGGGAAGACGCCUUGGGUCCCAAGGAUGUCCUGCUCUACUCCCCUGAUGGUAGCCCCUUCAUGGAGGAGCUGCAGCGGGGCAGCUCGGUGUUGAGUUGGACUUGGGAGCAGAGUGCAGCCUCCUCUCCAGGGAGCCUGGAGCCUGAAGCCAGUCAGAGCACACUCCCUGGAACAGACUGUGAGGAUGACAGGGACCCAGCAGAGAAAGCCCUUCAAGACUCACAGAUGAUGGGCAGGGGCACAGGGCCCGAGGCCUGUAUUCUGGACCCAGACGGCCAGGCCCAGGACCUGGGUGAGGACUCGUUGCUGUUCCCAGAUCUUCAUGUCCAGCCACCUCUUGCACCAAUGGAAAGAAAAGCACAGUUCUUAGAAAAGCUUCACGUGGCUUUGCAUGACAUCUUAGCUGAAAACUGGGGGAAGAAGCCCGGCCACAUGGUCCAAAGUGUCAGGUCUACAGGAAAUGGGGAGAGAUCAGUGGAAGCCGAGAGCUGCCCCGACCUCCAGGAGAUCUCUGGAGAUGGGCUGCUCAGGGAGGGGAGUCCUCCAAGAACCCACCAAAGUCCCCCCAGAAAUGAUGAGGAGAAUCCCCCUGAAAUGAGAUGGCUCACGCCAGUGGCCUUUCCUGAGUGUCUCUCUGAGGUGUGUGAACAGGGCAUCUUCUCUCGCCUGGCCCCAGAGCAGGAGACCUGUGUGGACUGUCCUCUGGAUGCUUGUGAGGUGGCCAAGGAAGGAGAAAAGGUGAAGCGACAACAGCCCAAUGCCUUUGCUCUUUGCCCUAGGGUGGCCCUGGAGAGGAUAAACAAGAAAAGCAGGUUGUCCACCAGCUUCAGGGAGGUGAGGAAGAGGAGGAACCCCGGGAAAGAAGAAUCCUGGAGGAGGGACGAAAGAGGCCCCGCGCCGACUGCAGGUGGGGCAGACCCCAAGACUGCGGAAUGUGCCUUUCUGAACAGCAGUGGGGAGACUAGUGGAGAAAUGGGAGGUGUUGCUAGGAGCACCCUAACUGCUGAAAGAGAGCCUAAGCUCGCAGGGAAGAGCCAGAUGUGGCCCUGCCUGCAGCGAGCCCUCCCCACACAGCCUGUCUCCUGUUCUCCCCAUGGCCCCAAUGAUUCUCUAGGGCUCAAGGGAAGUGGGGAGCGCCAGAGAGGCACAGUGACCGCUACUUCAGCUGUGGAGGCACUGAGUCCUCCUGGGAGGCCCGCCAUACCCAGAGCAAUGCCGGUCUCUAAGACUUCCUGGAAAAGUCCUGACCGGUGCCCACCAGCUACCCCCUGGGAUCCCCUGGCUUUGACUUCAUUCUCCAGAUUAUCAGGGGAACUUUCUCCAGAACAUGAAGAUCUUGGUUUUGCUAUGGUGCCCAAGGCCGUCACUGGGGAUGAUGAUGCUCACCUCUCAGACAUUGCUGAGGAGAUGGAAUCUGCUGUUGGCAAAGGUGUCUCGGGGGCGUCUGAUGCCAACAGGCGAGCAGUGAGGGCACUGCCUGCUCGAGCCCUAGGGCUUUCUAGGAUGGAGCGGCCCCGUGACCAGGCUGGCCAGCGCUUCCUGGGAGCCAAGCCUUCCUCCAAAGGACCCAUGGCCAGUGGGGCCAGUGUGGACCAUGAGGCAUCCAGGAGACCCUUUGGACAUCGGCGGAACCGAUCCAGAGCUGGAGAGAAGCCAAGGAGCGGGGAGUUGUCCUCUGUCCAGCGAUGGGGCAGACAUGGAGAAUCCAGACUGGAGAACAGGGCAGAUCUGGAACCAGCCAGAGGAAGCAGAGGCAAAGAGGAGGAAGAGCGGACGUUGCCUCGUCUGCCAAAUGGCGUGAAACUUGUGUGUUACUUAGGGUCUGGGUCAUCAGUCAGACUCCUGGGGGCUGUCAGCCAAGCAUGGGAACCCAGACAGCCACCACAGUUGGAAGAACUGGAGGACCUCUCGGGAACCAGCUCAGAGGCACCUUCCCAGGGAUCCCAGCUUCCCUCCUGUUGGGCCAAGGGUCCACAAAAGGAAAGAGGGGCGACUGAAGGGGAGAAGAAGCCGCUCUCCCAGCUGGGCAGAGCCUCUGUGCCCACACCUGUGGAGAAACCACCGAUCCCAGCUGAGCCCAAGGUGAAGGAGCAAAAGAGACGGCCGCCCAAGGAGAAGCCGCUGUCUGUACCAGGCCCUUCCCUGCAGCUCUCGGGGGAGCAGGUGCGCAGUGCGGUGGCUGAGUCCCUGAGGGAGGUGCUCUUGAAACGGCUGCAGGAGCCUGCCAACCUAGCUGUGGGUGAGGAGGCAGUGAGGGGCAUCGCUGCCAACAUCGAGGCUGCCAUCUUUGACCUUAUGCAGAGCACCGACUACCGCUACAAGACCAAAUACCGAAGCUUGGUGUUCAACCUGAGAGAUCCCAGGAACAAGGACCUGUUCCUCCAGGUGAUCCGUGGAGACAUUACCCCUCAGGGCCUGGUUCGAAUGAGUGCCACAGAGCUUGCUUCCCAGGAGCUGGCCGAGUGGCGGGACAGAGAGGUGAAGCACGGCUUGGAGAUCAUUGAGAAGCAACAGCGAGAGGCUCCCAGCUUCCGUUUCACCAAACUGACCCACAAAGGGGAGAUUGAAAUCCAUCCAGAUGUGGACCAAACCCUCACCUUGGAGGACUUGACGGAGCCGGCCUCCCAUCUGGACAUAAGCCUGCGCCCCCAGCCUCCAGCAGCCGAAUCCCAGUCUGGGCGAGACACCACGGAACAGCACGAGAGCCAUUUCCUGGACCCUGACUGCCGAGUCUGCAUGGGUUGGGUGGCCCCUCGAGGGGGCAGAGGCUUCAAUGCACCCAGGAGCACCCCGCCCUCCAGGAGCAAAGUCGCCAGCACCCCACAGAGGCUCCCUGGCCCUGUUUCCUUGCCUCGAGGAGACACCCCACUGCCAGGGAUGUGCAGAACUGGCUCUUGGACCCAAGCCCAGGACAGGCCCGAGUUGGCCUCCUGCCUGAGGCAGGCUCCGAAGCCAAAGGCUCCUCAGGGCCGGCCAUUGUGGGAAGGUGCCCUGGAAAUGUUCUCCAUCAAGCGAUUUGCUGCAAAAGCCUUUCUGGUUCAUGGCGACAGUAGCCAGCUUAUCCAGGCUUUGCCUAAGGUGAUCCACUCAGCAGGCUGUGUUCUCCCUGAAGUUGUCUGGGAUCACUUGGACAGCAUCUGGCCAGCGGAAGCCAAGAACAUCAGCGUGGUCCGCCUGUGCCCACGUGGGGCCUGUGAUGCCCAGAAUUACAACAUGCUCUACUCCUACCUCAAUAACAAGCAGCGCUAUGGCAUGGCAGCCAGUGAGCACCUGGACAUGUUCCUCAUGCCCCUGCCAGCUUUCCAGCCUGUGCCCCCCAAGCUCCGCCCACUGGGAGGCCCAGGCCUGGAAGUCACUCACUGCAGCCUAGUGCUGGGACUGAUCCUGCCCAAGGCGCCGCCGGGGGAUUCCCGGCUACAUGGGGCCAGCCCCCUGCAGGAGAAGAAACGGAAGACGGUCACCUUCAAGGAGCCGGUGGAGACAAAGUGCUACUCGCCAGGGUGCGGGAGGCACGAUCCGCUCCACCAGCCGGGGCCUUCCUGGGCCCCUAGAGCCAGCCUGGACGGCCCUCCGGCCUGGGAAGGGGUUUCCGCCCAUCUCUUAGAAGAGGUGGCCAGACACGUGGAGCGGGAGCAACAGCGGGAGCAGCUGGAGGGAGGGAGGGGCUGCUCCGGCCUCCCUUUCUGCUGCCAGCAGGAGGCUGCUGCCCCGGGCCCCGAGGGUUCCUGCCCCCCGGGCAGCCUGGCCGCCCCAGAUCCCCUGCCCACAUGGGCUCAGCCCGGCGCCAGCGGAAGGAUUCAGGACCAGCGAGCCCAGCCACUUGCAGAUGGCCUGGGCCCUGGGCUGCUGCCCCUCAGUGUGCCACUGCACCCCGAGUGUGGGGGCCUGGCGUCGGAGAUGGGGGCCCUGGGCCUCCUCCAGCUGGCCGGCUUGUUCCACUUUGGCAGCCCCCCGGCAGUGGCCCUGGCCCCAGCCCCCAACCUGCUCCCUCACCCGUCUGCUGCAGACUGUUCCCACGCCUAUCCUGAGCACCCCGCCGGCACCUGUCCCCGCUCGGCCGCUGGGGCCGUGUGCCCUCCCCCUCACACUCCCGUGCUCCCUGCUGGGGACGCCCUGUCCCUCAUCCAGCACCUCGAGGCCCUGGUGAAGAUGAACAGUCGGCUGCAGGCCUCCCUGCGGAUGUCUGCACCAGACCCUUCCCUUCCAGGGCCUGGGGCCGGAGGGGCCCCGGGGCCAGUGCGGAGGGAGCACCCAAGUGGUGAGGCAGAGAACCAGGCGUGCCCACCACCUCCCCUCUUCCUAUCUCCCUUCUGUGGGCCUGACCAGCCACCUCCUGGCUAUUGAAUAGUCCCCCAGGGAGCCCCUUGUGUCCUUGGGCUUCAAGGCCUCCAUUGUCCUCCUCCUAGGGAUGGUGGACUCAGGCCCCUCAGGGUCGGGUAAGGGACAGAGCCAGGCCCUAGUGGCGUCUGGAGCUCAGAGGGGGCUGUGCCUUCCCCUGUCUCCCAAGUGAGGCUCGAGUGAGGUGCCCGGGGGUGGGCACCAGUGCCCACAUGUGGGCAUUUCCUCUUCUGCUUCUGUUUUUGU